UAGUCUCUGCUGUAAACAGCGACGCUCUUACACCCGUAUAUAAACCUGUUUGUGGUGAGGCGCGCUCAGUACAAGUUGCCACCUGCCGAGGGAUAGAAAUCACCCUGAGGAGCUUCAGCAGACAUGGCAGACAAAACGGCUUUGGUGCUGCUGGCAGAAGGAGCCGAGGAGAUGGAGCUGGUCAUCUCAAUUGACGUCAUGCGACGCGCAGGGAUCCGCGUGAUGGUGGCUGGUGUGGCCGGCGCCUCCCCCGUGCGCUGCCGCCGAGACACGCAGGUGGUGCCAGAUGUCAGCCUAGUGGAGGCCAUGACCCACGGCACCUACGACGCUGUCGUGCUGCCCGGCGGCAUCCCGGGCGCCAAGAACCUGGCUGCGUCACCUGAAGUUGGGUCGCUAUUAAGAGAACAAGAAAGAGCUGGCCGUUUCGUAUGCGCUAUUUGUGCAGCGCCUACAGUUCUCAAGGCACACGGUGUUGGGUACGGCAAGAAUAUCACAUCUUUUCCGCCACUUAAGGACGCCAUGGUGGAUGGCAACAAGUACAACUACAAGGAAGACAAAGUAGUCGUGGACGGAAAGCUCAUUACGAGCCGUGGACCGGGCACGGCGUUCGACUUCGCGCUGCGGAUCGUGGAGGAGAUGGUGGACAAGGAGGCGGCGCUCACCGUGGCCAAGGCGAUGCUGCUGGCGUGAGGGGGCCACCCCUCACACGUACUCAGCGCUCACGCCGAAAUACGAGGACACACACUUUGUCCACCCUCAUGUUUGCAAAUACAGUGAUACUUCAUCUCUCCAUAUGCGUAAGAGGUCCUCGUAGUUUUGGCGUGGUAGGCAACUAAAUGGUAAUAUAACUUGUAGAUAACGUUGAGAAUGAGCUACCAAAUUGAAGAACUGGGUGUAAACAAUGAUUAAGGUCAAGCUGGAAUUUCAAGCGCAUCAAUUGUGAUUUAAUUAUUCCGGUAUGUAAUUGUUUUCAAAUGUUUCCAAUAUAACGCUACAUUUUUUAAAAUUGCAAAACCUAUUCAAAAUUUUAUUCUUAAAAAUUUUUCAGUGAGUACUCGUUUACUUGCAAACGUGAGUAGUAAUUUACUUACCAUUGUUUACUUACUGGGCGUGUUAGCAAAACGUUACUGUGAAACCUCUCAAAAAUAUAAAUUUAAAUGCCAAAAUUGUUUAAGUUUAUGAUACUAAGAUUUUGCAUCACAAAUUUUUGCAAUAACAAAGUAUAACAACCUCAAAAAUUACUCGUUUGAUUCAGAAAAAUACAAAAUUAUUUUUAUAGUCGCCUUACUGGAGCACGUAAAUGAUGAUAGGGGUGACAUACAACAUUUCUUUCAUCACACUGUCACGUGUAUUCACGUAGACUGUGGUAAAGGAUACAGCUUAAUAUUGUUUACUUGCUUCAGUAAUUAUUCUUAUCUGCCCAUUAGCAACAAUUUUUGAGGCGCAUUUGCGUUGUCGAACAUAUUCGGGAUCUUUAUCUGAGUCUUAGUUAUCCACAUCAUCUCCGACUUGUACAACUCAUCCCUGAAAAGCAAUUUCAUGGCGCGAACACAACAUGUAAUACCACUACUGGCGGCUAUGUUUUUGCAUAUACCAUGUUUACAUGCAAAGAUUCUGCAAACUUGCCAUCAGUGAGAAGCUGGAAUUAGAGAUGCAACUUUCAUUUCUUGGUUUAUCGUGAAACUAUCAACUAAUAUGAAUAAAGCACAUCACCCACCAUGUUUUACAUGCAGUAACUCAGAUUCUCAUUGAUUGUCACUUACCACUGCUUACAGUCGAGAUCAUCAAUUAAUUCUUUUCAAGUAAGUCUUUACAGUGCUUUGAAAAAUAUCUGUUUUGAACUGCGUAAAUAUCUUCGCUGCAUUUGUUAUAGAUAAAAAUCACGUCAUUCUUUUAAAAGUGUGUGUAUUCCCACGAUCCAUCGCACCCAACUUACGCAUUAUAAUCGAGCAGUAUUUAAUAUGGGAACUACGGAGUAUGUUGCUGCAGAGAUCUUAUGCUCUACUACACCAGACUUAUGAUUUAUCCAAUCACAUGAGAUGAUACAAAGAGGUGUCAUGAACAGUAAGUUUUUAUUAAUCCUUGCACUUUUCGUCAUCUGAUUUGUUAUUGUUGAAUUUCUGUUGCUUCCUUUAUCAGGAUAUCUGAAAAUGUCCAAGGCCGAAACUAUACAAUAGUAUACAAAAAAAAAAAAAAAAAAACUACAGCCACAGGUAGUAUCAAAUCACUCAAACCAUUUAUCGCAGCUGCGGACCCCAGAUCAAUGAAGAUAUACCACAAAGUUCUCAAGAAAUGAAACAUUUUCUGCAACCGAAGACUGGAGAGACAGGACAAGUUUUAAACAGGGAUCGUAAAACGUACCACAUAGAUACAGUCACAAACGAUUCACGCCAGAAAAUUGCAGAAUAUGCCGAAUUUGACAUUUUUACCAUCUAAUCUGAUCACGUACAUUCUUCGGAAAUCUUCGAGUAGUCACCUCAAUGCAUCAAAGUGCAAAACAUAGAGUAGUGAUUUGGACAGCAACACAUGUCACAUUGCAAACAUUUACAUUUUGAUACCUGUCGAAAUAUUUUCUUUACUCUACGUUCAUAAAUUAAUGUUCUGUAUUGCUUUUAUUGAAUAGUAUUGCUUGUCGUUUCUCCUAUUGUGUUAUUAAUCAUUCCUGUUACAAGAAGAUAUUUCUAUUUAUGAAUUAAGUUACGUGUUUGUCAUUUUAUGUAGUUAAAAAUUGGUUUUAUUGACUUUAUAAGUGUAUCCACAUUUUGUAAAACUUCACCAACAAAAAAUAUUACAUAGAUGUUUAAUCAUCUCUAAAGAA